GUGAACAGUUUGUACCGUGUCUGGGUGACUUUGUGUAACGGGACAUGAGGACACCUGCGCAACGAGGGGACAGAAGUUACCUGCUGAGAGAAGGCGGCAGGUGAAGGCGCGAAGGUGGCCUGGGUUGCGUCACGGCUCUUGGGUUUUACGCACAGAGGCAGAGGAAAGCUGCAGCUCCUACCUGCAACUUGAAGACUGAGAUUAAAUCUGACUGAGCUACAUUUCUUCUGGGCAAUUGGAGGGAAUGUGUUUCCCUUAAACCACCACCCCACAAAGUGCCAAACUGCCCGGUGCACGGGUGGAGGUGCCUGUGAAUGAUGUACACAAUCACCAGAGGUCCCAGCAAACUGGUCACACAGCGACGGACAGGACCUACUCAUCAACUGGACAGCAAAAUAAAUGAGUUCAAGCACAAUCAAACCUCCUGGAACAUGCCUGACCUUCCUGCACCAAAGAUAGUUUUUAACCGUCUGAAUGGAAAGAAGCACCAUCACCCAGCUCCACCUGUCCCUGCAGACAGUCGACAUGAAGAGACUUUCUCUCCCACGCACGAGGAAAACGUCAAGUUUCUCUCAGAGGCCUGGCAUGAAGUGACUGAUCAGGAAGAAGGGACGGGUCAGAGACUGCAGACACCCCAGAGAGCAGUUUACUACAAAGAGACCACUCCUGGAUCACACAUGGACAGCUUCAUUCCCAUAGAUCUGGAUGAAUGGUGGGCUCAGCGCUUCUUAGCCAACAUAGACAAGCUUUCCUGACACUUUGAAGCACAUCUGAUGCGUUCCACCGGUCAGAAGAUGAGGCAUUGAGGAUGGCUCACAAAGGGAAAUGUAGCCUGAGCUGUAGGGCUGAUGGCUCAGUUCGCCCCGAUGUGCUUUGAAUGGACUGACAGUGCUGGGAAGCUGGAACUCAUGGCCUUAUAUCUGUGCUUCACUAAAGAAAAUAUCAGCUCGAUGCAGUCAAAGGACGGAUGUCUUUAAGUGGAAGUUUCUUGUUUUGAUCUUCAAAACAGACAAACUUUGGAAAAGCAGUAAAAAAAAUGUUUUYUUCUGGCUA